ACUAGCAACAGUAGAUAUGACGGUCCAUAUUUGCCAUCAAUCACGAUGUUGUUCAAUAAACCGUGCUAUGAUUGGAGUAAGUUCUAUUUAUUUCGGUAUGUUCUUUGUUUUUACCAUUCUUUAACAGUGUGUUGCGGGCGCGAUGAGAGGAUUAGUUCAAAUCGGGAAAGAUGAGAAAUUUUUAUUACGAAAAAGGCAUGACUUGUAAUAUAAAAGCACAAGAAAUCUGUUGGGUAUGUUUUUAUAUUUUACCAUUUUUUAUGGUGUGCUGCUAGUUGCUUCAUCGCAUUUGUGCGUUGAAGAACAUUCACAAGAUGAAUCAUUAAGGCAUUGUGCAGCAGUGCAUGGUGAGCGUAAUACAAAAGAUUCUUCUAGAAAUAGGCCUAGUAAUGAUCUUCAUGAGACAUACAGUGAAGGUUUUGAUCCACAUGAAGUGCCUGUAUCAGACAAGGAGAGUGAAAAAUGUGAAUCGGAGUUAUCUGACGGGAUAAAGAAAAUAUAUAUUGCGCAAAAGAGCAUGCAAGAGGGAGGAGACAAGUUAUCCGAUAAUAUUACUACUGUUGCGAACACAUUAGACAACUUGGAAACCAAAGUAAGUGCUGAAGAAUCAAAACAGCCAGUAGAUGCGAACAGAGCCAGCUGUGCGUGUGAAGACACUCAUAGUCAAAAUGAAAAGGAAUUGGAAUGCACGACACAAGCAUUCAACACAGAUUCUCUCCGUAGAAGCCACUUAACUGAUUACGGUUCAGGUUCAUCAGCAAUGGCUGUACACACAUCAUCUUCGCCUAAUCCUAAUCCUGAACCUGAUAUGUGGAAUGAGAUAACAGAACGAAUAGAAGCUUUGUAUGAUGAAUUAAAGGGUCCAUUUCACCUAAGGAUUUAGAGAUGCUCCGUUUUUUCGGGCAAUAUGAUCUCGAGGAUGGUCCCGAAGAUGACCCCGAAUACCAGCAAAGUGGGCCUUCUAGCAAUCGCGGUAAGACUGAUUGGAACGAAUAACAACUUAAACGCAAAAAAACCACAAACAAGGAUUUAGUACAUUCAUUAAAUUUUAU